GGUGGUCAUUUAUCCAGAAGAAUUCUGUACAAACAUUAGUUGCAAACAACGUUUAUCUUUCUAUUACAGAAAAACAAAACCCAUUUGCAGCAAACCGAGCAAAGAAAAUCCAACCAAAAGUUUUAUAGCUUGGCGUGUUAUCCAAAACCAGUUUUUGUGGUACUCCUUAGAUUUAAUGGACAACCCUUCUCCCUUCAUAUCAAAAUCAAUAAGCUCUCCACCGUCACCAGCAUCAACUACCAAGCUUUGCUUUGCUUGAACCAUGAAUGACACAGUGGACAAGCUGGUUAUCUUCCUAGCCAAAAGGGAUGGCAUAGACAAACUGGUCAAGACCUUCCAGUAUGUCUCCAAGCUUGUUCAUUGGCACGUCGAAACCACCCAUCCUGAUAUUGCUCAAAGAGCCAAGCAAUGGGAGGUGGCUUCUGGUCUCAGUCGUAAAGCUUUUCGAUCAGGUAGGUUCCUCACUGGUUUCAAUGCCCUCCGCCGAAACCCAGGCUCAACUUUGACUUUCCGCUUCCUUGCUGUUCUUGCUAAUGCUGGAGAAAUGGUCUAUUUCUUCUUUGACCAUUUUCUGUGGUUGUCAAGGAUUGGAGUAAUAGAUGCUGGGCUAGCUAGAAGGAUGAGCUUCAUCUCUGCCUUUGGUGAAGCCUUCGGCUACGUUUUCUUUAUCAUAUCAGACUUCAUUAUCAUGAAAGAGGGACUAGAAGCACAGAGAAGGAUCUCUCUGCAACUUAAAGCGGGCGACACUUCGAAAGAAAAAUCCAUGGAGAUGGAGCAAAAAGUGAGGCAAAUCAGAGCUGAUAGGGUGAUGAGAUUGAUGGCGGUGGCUGCCAAUGUUGCCGACCUAAUUAUAGCGUUGGCUGACAUCGAGCCCAACCCUUUCUGCAACCAUGCAGUCAUACUCGGAAUUAGUGGAUUGGUCUCUGCAUGGGCUGGUUGGUAUAGAAAUUGGCCCUCAUAAGCAUUAGGUUUAUAGAAAGUGGGUAGAGGUUGAUGAAGUGAAUAUAGUAAUAUCAUCUCUUGGAUGUCAUUGUGAAAAACAGUAUCCUAGUGAUGCCAUGAUUGUUCGUGGCUGCAAGCCUGCAACUUGUAAGCAACUAUCUGUAAUCGGAAAACUCGCGAGUGUUGAUAGGAAAAUUGAUGGGUAUUACAUACUCCUUUUAGUUCAAUUUAUUUUA